AUGUAUGACAAAGAGGCUUGCUUUGGAUGACAUAUUCCGCUUUCCGAAUUCAAAACAGGAGGAGGAGUGCCAUCCGCCUAGGAAGCAAACACAUAGGAAGAAGUGCGUUGAAUUUGUUCGGCCAUGUCUCAUCAAACAACAGUCGUGCACUCUGAAACUAAACCAUAUCCUCAGCAAGCAACAGCCCCGGUGAUGCAAGGAGGACAACCAUACCCACAACAGCCCCCACCUUAUGGUCAACCAGGACAACAUUACCCAGCUCAAGGAUAUCCUCCACCUGGAUACCCAGGAGCUCCACCACAAGGGUACCCAUCACAGGGCUAUCCACCCACAGGUUAUCCACCACAGGGCUAUCCACCACCAGGAGUACCAGGAGCACCAGGGGCUCCGGCAGCACCAGGCUAUCCACAACAACAUGGGGGAUACCCUCCACCAGGAGGAUACCCUCCACCUGGGGGAUACCCUCCACCUGGUGGAUAUCAUCAACCAGGGCAGCCUGUGCCACCACCUGGUUCAUACCCAAGGCAACCAGGGGUUACAACACAUACAACAGUGGUUCAUACACCUGGACAGAAAGUUGUCAAAGUGAAAAAGAAGAAAGGAAACAAAGGAAAAAUAGCUGCAGGUGCUGCAGUUGGAGCAGUAGGUGGCUUUGCAUUAGGAAGUAUGCUGAGUGGGGGUCAUCAUCAUCAUCACUGGAGUUCUGGAAGUAGCUCAAGUAGCAGCAGCAGCAGUAGCUCCAGUGACAGUGAUUAAAUGAUCAUGAUUAGCUCAUAUUAACACAUAAGGAGAGUGGCAUAUAGGUGCAAAUGUAGAUGUAUCUAAUGCAAUUGUUGGAAAUAAUACCAGCAAUUUUCUGGCCACAGGUUAACUAUCAUUAAAGUGUGGACACGAAGAAUUGAUUAACACAGGUACAUUAAAGAUGAUGAUAACAGGUUAAAACCACGAGAAAUAUAAAAUUUUUGGUUGUUUAUUAAUUUGUGUCAAACAAUUGUAACAUUUAUCACUUAUCUGCAUAAAAAGAAUUAUGGAACUCA